CGAUCUGCUUUUACCUUUUGCUCUUUCUCAUCGUUUUGGUUUCUUGAAGACGAAGUUUUUUCAGAGAGAGAGAGAGAUGAGUAGCAUCGGAACGGGUUAUGAUCUCUCUGUGACUACCUUCUCCCCCGACGGUCGAGUCUUCCAGAUAGAGUACGCUGCCAAGGCCGUCGACAACAGCGGGACGGUAGUUGGGAUCAAGUGCAAGGAUGGGAUUGUCUUGGGCGUUGAGAAACUCAUAACAUCAAAAAUGAUGUUGGAAGGAUGCAAUCGGCGAAUCCAUUCUGUUCACCGCCACUCUGGCGUGGCUGUGGCUGGAUUGGCAGCUGAUGGGAGGCAGAUUGUUGCUCGAGCCAAGUCUGAAGCAACUAGCUACUCGAAUAUCUAUGGGGAACCUAUCCCUGUUAAAGAACUUGCAGACCGUAUUGCUAGUUAUGUGCACUUGUGCACACUCUACUGGUGGCUAAGGCCAUUUGGUUGUGGGAUAAUUCUUGGGGGGUAUGACAGAGAUGGGCCACAGCUAUACAUCGUUGAGCCAUCAGGAGUUUCCUACAGGUACUAUGGAGCGGCAAUUGGGAAGGGUCGGCAAGCUGCCAAAACAGAGAUCGAAAAGUUGAAGCUUUCUGAAAUGACAUGUAGGGAAGGAAUUAUUGAAGUUGCUAAAAUUAUAUACAGUGUCCAUGAUGAGGCAAAGGACAAAGCUUUUGAACUAGAACUGAGUUGGAUAUGCGAGGAGUCAAAUCGGGAACAUCAAAAGGUUCCUGCUGACCUUCUAGAACAGGCAAAAUCGGCUGCUGAGGCUGCCCAAGAGGACAUGGAUGCUGACUAAUCCCGUUUGAUCCCCUUAUAUCCCGUUUGAUCCCCUUGUUUUCUUCUUUUCGGAAGCUAAUAUAGGAUCCCAUGUAGCCUAAGCAACAGUUCUCAUAAGCGAAGAAUUUUUAAGUUGUGAUGUGACCUUAAGGAAAAAAUAUUUGAGUGGCAUAAUUUCAUUUUUCA